GAGGAAGUUGCUUGAACUGGCGGGUCAACUGUGAUAUACUCAAGGAUCCGGCCCCGGUUCGGAGAGAAAGAGGGGAAAUGGAGGAGAAGGGGAAAGGGGGGAGUGAGAGAUGGAGCGCUGCGAUCGGAAAUCUAUCGGAGAUGACAUCCAAUCUGGACUCACUCCAAAAGCUACUUGUGAAGAAAGCAGUGUUCGUCGACGACGACACUUUUGCCAAAGCCUCUCUCACCUCCGAACAAGCCCGUACUAUUAAGGUUCUUGAACAAAGAGUUCAGACUUUAGAGCGAGAAUUAGAUAAUGCUAUUUCUGCUGCUGCUCAUGCACGGACUGAGAAAAGACAGGCUGAGGCAGCUCAGAGGGCUGCUGAACUACGUGCACAAGAGGUUACAAGAGAGCUUGAAAAUACCACAAGAGUAUUUGAGCUGCACAUGGAAGAGCUGCGUGCAAAGCAAGAAGAGAUAUCCAAGCGGGAUAAGGAAAUCAAACUUCUAGAGGCCAUAAUUCAGACACUUGGAGGCAAAGGCUCCCAUUCUUCCGAUGAAUGAGUAAGAAGGAUCUAUGAUGAUUGUAAUUACCAUGUCAUCUUGUACCAAUUCGUUGUAUAUU